CGGGAGCACAGCUCCGCCCGCCCAGGGCCUGCCUCAACCCGGACGUGGAACGGGGCCCGGCGGCAGUUCCGGAGCGCGGCGUGAGGGCCCCGCCAUGGGCAUCCUCGAGAAGAUCUCGGAGAUCGAGAAGGAGAUCGCCCGCACGCAGAAGAACAAAGCCACCGAGUAUCACCUUGGGCUGCUGAAGGCGAAGCUUGCAAAGUACAGAGCUCAGCUGCUGGAGCCAUCCAAAUCCUCGGCUGCGAAAGGAGAAGGCUUCGAUGUGAUGAAAUCCGGAGAUGCCCGCGUGGCACUGAUCGGUUUUCCUUCCGUGGGUAAGUCCACGUUCUUGAGCUUAAUGACCUCAACCGCCAGCGAAGCUGCCUCUUACGAGUUCACAACCCUGACGUGCAUCCCAGGAGUCAUAGAAUACAAAGGAGCCAACAUUCAGCUGCUGGAUCUGCCUGGCAUCAUCGAAGGAGCAGCGCAAGGGAAGGGCAGAGGCCGGCAGGUGAUAGCUGUGGCCAGGACAGCAGAUGUGGUUAUUAUGAUGCUGGAUGCCACGAAGGGUGAGGUACAGAGGGCCUUGCUGGAGAAAGAACUGGAGUCUGUAGGAAUCCGGCUGAACAAAAGCAAACCAAAUAUCUACUUCAAGCCGAAGAAGGGUGGAGGCAUCUCCUUCAACUCAACUGUCACGUUGACUCAGUGCUCUGAGAAGCUGGUGCAGCUCAUCCUCCAUGAAUACAAAAUCUUCAACGCUGAGGUCCUGUUCAGGGAGGAUUGCUCUCCUGAUGAGUUCAUUGAUGUGAUCGUAGGCAACAGGGUCUACAUGCCGUGCCUCUACGUUUAUAACAAGAUUGACCAGAUAUCAAUGGAGGAGGUGGAUCGUCUUGCUCGGCGGCCCCACAGUGUUGUCAUCAGCUGUGGCAUGAAACUGAACCUGGAUUACUUGCUGGAGAAGCUCUGGGAAUACCUGGCACUUACCUGCAUCUACACCAAGAAACGAGGACAGAGACCAGACUUUACAGAUGCCAUUAUUCUCCGGAAAGGGGCCUCUGUGGAGCAUGUGUGCCAUCGGAUCCACAGGUCAUUAGCCAGCCAGUUCAAAUAUGCCUUGGUGUGGGGAACAAGCACAAAAUACAGCCCUCAAAGAGUGGGCUUAACCCAUAUGAUGGAGCACGAAGACGUCAUUCAGAUCGUAAAGAAGUAACUCAUGGUUGGUGCCUGGCCUCGUCUUUGAUCACUACAAUUGGAACUGACCACAUAAAAGCAAAAGCAACCAAGCAAAACAAGAAAUAAACAAAAAAGAGAAAGAAAAAGGAAAGGGGAGACGUGUUCCACAGCCAAGAGGGCUUCUGUGAAGCUCCUUCUCUUGGAGAAAGGCAAAAGCUGAGGCUACUCUACUGUACACGCAGGUGGGGAUGGGGAAGAGGAGGUUCCAUCAGGUGAAGUGUUGUCUCCUAGAAACAAGAGCCACUUCUUCUAGGACACAGUUCCCACAGGUAGGGGUGUCCUGCUCCUAGCAGAGGCAGGGUUUGCACAUGGAUCCAUGUGGCUGGCUUAACCGGUGGGUUUGUGAGAACAGAUCUGGCCCUGUGCUUUGGGACAGGGAAGCCAGGGCUGAGGGAUCAUUGCUGAUGCUUUGCUGCUUAUCCAUUCACAUAAGUUAAGCAUUGAUCUGAAACGAAAACCAAGUUCUCCCUCCCCUGCCCACUGGAAUCAUGGUCUCUGCAGCAUUCACCAUUGGAGACUUUGGUCUCUGCAUCUGGGACAACCCCUGGUGAACGUAUCAUGGUCCCACCCGAGUUAACACAAGAACGUGGCUCUCUGUGCCUCUCCUUAGCUCUGCAGCAGUAGGGUUUGUAGGACCCCCUGCUCCAGCUGGUACUGAGAGAGAUGAGGAAUGGAGCUUUGCUAAUGAAUUAACCUGGACAAACUGCAGCAGGGUACGAUCAAAGAGCCAUGGUCUGCAGUGAGGAAUCACUUGGGGCUUAUUGCUCAUUGAGGAGCUCCUUUGCUCAUCCUGCCCAUUGGUCCUCAGGAGUCCUGCAGGGGAUCUCCUCUUUUCUCAGUCAUGCCCCUCAAUUCCAGUAACAGUUCUAUGAGCUCCAAGUACCACCCCAUGCCAUGGGUUUCACCCCAGCCCUGUAACCAAUGUUGCUUGUCUGGCUGUUUUCCAUCAGAAAUCCAGGCUUUUUCUAAUCCUGCUUUUUUCCUUUCAAUACUGAUGCUAAACAAUUGAGAGUGCCUGAUAGAGAACAGCUCUUUCCUUCUGGAUCAAGAGUUGCCAAUAGCUUUUAUUUUCUUUCAUGGGGGAAAAAAGGUGGUUUGGGGUGAUGUGGAUCCUUAACUGCGAGGACAGGUCUGAUGGCAAACUUGUCUAAGCAGGGCUCCUUUCCUCUCCUGUGUGCUCCUCCCCAUCCCUCACCCACUGAUUGAGCAGAAAUGGAAGGAUUAUUUUACUUGAGGAAAUAAAAGUUGCUAUUUCAUGUGAA